AAGUUGAAGAGGAGGAGUAAGACCUCUUGCAGAGAAGGUCAUGUGAUUCUUGUUAAUAUGGGGUUAACCGGUUUCACUGCACUGCUGCUGAUUAUGAAGAGAGCAGGCUAAGACACUGACAUCCUGUGUAACACAGCAUGUUCGUGUAAUACACAAAAUAACUCGCUUCUCUCCACCAUGGCAUCUCUGCUGGCAGGUGCUUCCAAUAUGGGGAGCUUCUUUUGUCUUGUCCGACGUCGCUAUAAAAGAAGACGCAAGAAACGUUCUGAAAGAAGAGGCAUUGUCGUUACAAAUAUGGCAGAAGAACGAAUCCGUCUUCGUCAAUCGAGAAGUAUGCAAAAAUAUUUCACAAUGGAUGUGGAUGAUGAAGAGAAUAUGAGUUCGAGCAGCACCGAUGUUAAAGAAAACCGUAACAUGGAAGGAGUAUCCCCAAAGGAUGGCAAUGGCCAAGCUACCAGGGAGGGGACUCAGCUUUCCAAUGGGGGUGAGGGAAGCAAAAGUAGAAAAAGACCAUUGGAAGAAGGCAAUAAUGGCCAUUCCAAAUUCCGCCCUAAGAAGAGGAAGAAAACACCAGGGCCUGUCCUGCCAAAGAAUGCUCUUAUGCAGCUUAAUGAAAUUAAGCCUGGCUUACAGUAUAAACUUCUCUCUCAAACUGGACCAGUACAUGCACCAGUAUUUAUUAUGACUGUGGAAGUCAAUGGUCAAGCUUUUGAAGGUUCUGGACCAACAAAGAAGAAAGCCAAACUUCACGCUGCAGAAAAGGCCUUGAGGUCGUUUGUCCAGUUUCCAAAUGCAUCAGAAGCUCACCUAGCAAUGGGUAGAACCCUCUCUGUAAACACAGAUUUUACCUCCGACCAAGCAGACUUUCCAGAAACUCUUUUUAAUGGUUUUGAGAAGCAAGAACAGUCUGAAAAUGCAUUUUUUCUUGGAUCCAAUGGUAAUGAAUCGUUUAAUUCUGUUAGUGACUACAGCAUGUCUCUGUCAGGAUCAAGUAACCUAAUACAGUCUCCACUUCCAACGCCUUCUCUGUUCCCACCAACAAGUGGGAAGAACCCUGUAAUGAUUUUAAAUGAGCUGCGCCCCGGCCUAAAAUAUGAUUUUGUCUCAGAGAGUGGAGAAAGCCACGCCAAGAACUUUGUAAUGUCAGUAACUGUGGACAAUCAGACUUUUGAAGGAUCUGGAAGGAAUAAGAAGCUUGCGAAGGCAAGAGCAGCUCAGUCGGCUCUUGCCUCUCUCUUCAACAUGUAUUUGGAUCAGACCCCCUCCCGACAACCUAUUCCUAGUGAAGGACUACAAUUACAUUUACCACAGGUUCUAGCUGAUGCUGUAGCCCGUUUGGUUGUAGAUAAAUUCAGUGAAUUGACAGACAACUUCACAUCACCUCAUGCAAGGAGAAAAGUUCUUGCAGGAAUUGUCAUGACAACAGGGACGGACGUGAAAGAUGCCCAGGUUGUUUGUGUUUCUACUGGUACGAAAUGCAUCAAUGGAGAAUAUAUGAGUGACCGUGGUCUUGCUCUGAAUGACUGCCAUGCAGAAAUUGUUGCCCGGAGGUCCCUGCUUAGGUUUCUCUACAGUCAACUUGAAUUAUUUUUAAGCACUAAAGAAGAUCAGCAAAAGUCAAUAUUCAUGAAGUCAGAGAGGGGUGGAUUCAAAUUAAAAGAGAAUGUGCAGUUCCAUCUGUACAUUAGUACAUCACCAUGCGGAGAUGCUCGAAUUUUCUCACCACAUGAAGCUGCACAGGAAGACCAGGGGGAUCGACACCCAAACCGCAAGGCAAGAGGGCAGCUUCGGACCAAGAUUGAGUCUGGAGAAGGAACUAUCCCAGUCCGUUCAAGUGUCACUAUUCAGACAUGGGAUGGUGUUUUGCAAGGGGAAAGGUUGCUUACAAUGUCUUGCAGUGACAAGAUUGCCAGGUGGAACAUUGUAGGCAUUCAAGGAUCUCUCUUUAGUCUGUUUAUCGAACCAGUUUACUUCUCAAGUAUUAUCUUGGGCAGCCUGUACCAUGGUGACCACCUCUCGAGAGCAGUCUACCAGAGAAUUGCAGAUAUAGAAGACCUUCCACCUCUGUAUUCCCUUAAUAAGCCUCUUCUAAGUGGAAUAAGUAAUGCAGAAGCACGCCAGCCUGGUAAGGCUCCAAGUUUCAGUGUCAAUUGGACGAUGGGAGACUUAGGCCUUGAAGUUAUUAAUGCCACUACUGGGAAAGAUGAAAUGGGUCGUGCCUCGCGUCUUUGCAAGCAUGCAUUGUACAGCAGAUGGAUGCGUAUUUAUGCAAAGCUUUCUUCCAGCCUAAGGUUCAAAAUUGGGAAACCUAACUCAUACCAUGACACCAAGCAGUCAGCCACAGAAUAUCAAACAGCAAAGGAGUGCAUCUUCAAAGCAUUUCAGAAGGCAGGCCUUGGAGCAUGGGUACAAAAGCCUAUAGAACAGGACCAGUUUUCUCUCACUAUUUAACCCACGUGACAUAAUAUUUUACACUAAGUGUUCAAUGGCAGGUGGAUAUGGACACUGGGCAAAAACCUGGGUUACAUAUUCCUCAUUAUGUGCCAAUCAUCCUCCACUGCCUUUUUGCACCAUAACCCUGCUAAUGAGUAUGUUUUAGAUUAUUGUUGGCCAAGCAACAUUAUUUUCUUGGAUCUGGAAUUUUGCAAUUUUAAUGACCAAAGGCACUAUGUGCCGACCUGCAUCUAUACUGACGUGAAAAUGAAUCAAUCACCACUGUAAAUUGUAGAUAAAUUAUAUUGACACAAACUAUCUGUAAGCCAACAUCUGAGUUGAAGCAGGAAUGCAAUCCAUUUUUCAUUUUAAUUGUGUUGAAGACAUGGAAAGUAUAUAUUUACUAUUGGUUUUACACUGUAUUUUUUGAAGUGCAAGUAUUUGAGCUGACAUUUUUUUUUACUCUUUGUUUGUGAAACCUACAUUUGACACUAACAUAGCCAGCAAAACCUCUGUUUUAUUGGUGCAUUGUUGUUUUCUGCCCUGCCCUAAGGAGCUUUUUUUUAUUGUGUUUUCUGUUUUCCUUGGGUGUCUGUAGGAUUCCCCUACGGGGCAAAUGUUUCAAACCAGCUGCUAAGCAAUUGUCUUCAUUGUCUAUUUAUUAAUGAAUGGAUAUGUUUUUAAUAUACAGCUUUUAUUCUGUAUUUACCUUUCCUUUAUACAAAUAGUGCAUUCAUAUUUUUAUCAUGAUAAACUGGAGGAAAAUGCAUUUGUAUGCUCCGUUAUCUCUAGAAUUAGAAACUAAUCGUAGCUUGCAAACUGAAAGUACAAAUAUAUGUAUAGUGGGCUUUAUGGAUAUUAUUUUGGGAGGGGAAAAAUCUCCCUUAUGUAUUUGCUUAAGAUGUGCGGGUUUGAUAUUUAAAUAUAACAUGCAAGAAAUGAAAAUGUGAUUUGUGAUUGUAGGGAAAGAGGUUAGCAUUCUCUGUGAUAACCUCUCAAGAGGUAAUGUCCUUACAGCGGAAUAUUCUUUUAACAAAUUGUAUAUUCUGUAAAAAGCAUUAAUGUUAAAAUGAAAUGUCGCACUAAUUAGCAUGGCCUUGAAAUAAGAAAAUAAAAAAAAUCUGUAAGCCUGUCAGAACAGCCUAAGGCUUGUUGAUAUAAAUGACUAAUA